AUGUACGCCUGGCCAUGGCUGUUUAGAUGUUUUACCGCCUUGUCUGUCAUUACCGCCGGCCUGGCACAGGGAACUGAAGAGUUCAAUUUGACCGUAGCGGACCUGCCACCGUGUGGCCUAUCAUGUUUCGUUCAUACAAUACCCGCAGCCGGCUGUGGCCUCACAGACCUAGUUUGCCAGUGCGAAAGCAGGCAAUUAACCGAGUUGACCAUAGAGUGCAUGCUGCAGAAUUGUACCAUGGCUGAUACACUGCAAGUUUCAAAAGUCUCGGCUAGCCUUUGCCAUUUACCGAAUCCGUCGCGAGCCCACGAAGUCACUACUGUAGUGCUAGUCAUGAUUGCUAUCUCUGUGACCUUCAUCGCUGGUCGGAUCGUCUCCAAAAUCAAGACUAGCAGGAAGGUCGAGGCUGAUGAUUAUUGCCUUGUCGGCGCAUUAAUUCUUGCAUCUGGCUCGGGAACUGCCACCAUGUUGAUGUCCAAGGUGGGGCUUGGUAAACAUGUCUGGGGCCUCGGACCAGGAGACCUGAAGCAAUUCCUGAUGUACUUCUGGGUUACCGAAGUGAACUACGUCGUCGUCCUUUCUCUUGUCAAGUGCUCCCUGGUCCUGCUCUAUCUUCGCAUCUUCCCGACUCAGAAGAUUCGCUUGGCGGCGUGGUUUACGCUUGGCUUCAUUAUCAUCACGAGCAUCGUUCUGUUCUUCCAUACUGUCUUCUCUUGCAAGCCAGUAUCCUACUUCUGGGACCGCGACCUGCACGGCACGUGCCUUAACAUCGCCGGCCUUGCCUACGCACACGCGGCCAUUGCAGUGGUGACGGAUUUCAUGAUCAUUUCGAUUCCACUGAGCAUGCUCCCCGGCCUGAACAUGAAGCUGAGAAAGAAGAUUGCAGUCGGCCUCAUGUUCGCCGUCGGCAGCUUCGGCUGCGUGACCAGCAUUCUCCGGCUGCAGACAAUCGUCGUCCUGGGCGUCUCCCUGGACCCCACCUGGGAAUACAUCCCCAUCAUAAACUGGACCGCGGCCGAGCUCGGCGUCUGCUUCAUCUGCGCCUGUCUGCCGGCCGUCCGCAUCCUGUGCCAGAACCUCUUCCCGAACCUGUUCUCGCACUGGAACAACACCUUCCCCAGCAAGUCCGGCAACGGGUACAGUAACAGCAGCUCGCGCCGUCAUCAGGGCGCCGGCUGGAAGGAAUUCGGCAGCACGGUCAAGAACAGCCGGCUUUCCGGCCGGGGCGACUCGCCGGACACCGACGAGGUCAAGCUGACGGAACUGUCCAAGUGCCGCUCCAACACGGGCACGUUUUCCGGCAACGAGGUGGGCGUGCAGGCGUGCUGGGCGAGCAACGAGGCCGGGCAGACGCAUGUUGUUGGCGACGGCGGGGACGAUGAGAUUGGUCGGAUGACGCCUGUGUUGCCGCCGGACGAGGAACGGGGCUAUGGGUACGCUCAUGUCCGGUAG